CUCAAAAGUAUUAUAUAUAUAUAUAUAAUCACUCGAUCGAUCUUCUUCACUCACUACAAUAAUUAAAAAUGGCGUUCAUGAAGGUUUUUCUUGCUCUGCUUUUGUUGGCUGUGGUGGCUUCAACAACUCAUGCUCGUGUUGAUUUUUUGGGGUUGAUUUCGGACAAUGGUGCUCCCUUUUGUCCAGUUGGACCAACGAAAUGUGCUAGCUGUAGUUGCGAAGUGGAAUCUGGGAAGCUUAAGUGCGUUCGUAGAGACACAAGAAGAGGUGCUUGCCCAUCAACCUGCGGCAAUCCAUGCUUCUGCGACAGAUCAGCCUGUCCACUUUGUCAAUGCAGCUACGAGGUCACAGGAUGCCCUAGAAUAUGCCCAACAACCACUUCGACGAAGAUAUUCAACUAAUCACUGAUUCAUAUCUUAGUCAUCAUAUCUUAUAUAUAUCAUCAUCUACACAUAGCUAGCUCUCUUUCAUAUAUAUAUAUAUGCAUGCCUCAAUCAUACAUACAUAUGAUAUUGUUGAGGUUUUUAAAUAAGUGAAUAAAUGUAAGCUGGCUAUACCUUAUCUUUUAGAAUAAUAAUAUAAUAUCGGCAAGUUAUUAUAUAACAAUUAUGAUGAUGUGGCAAUAUAAUGACUUGGUAUAGCAAGUCACCAAUAGGUAAAUAUUUUUUUUUCAA